CCCCACCACAGACACAGUUAAAUCCUUGUUUCGAGCCGCAUUGAGCCCCGUAUUUUACAGCAAACCUGAAUUUGAGCUCACGUUAGCCGGUUCGCUAACCGACUAGAGGCACAUUUACCUUCAGCGCUGUGCUAACAGAACAGCUAGACAGGCACGAGUUAAGCACAUGUUUCAAACAUAUGUAUGCAGUGAGUGGUUUUAAUAAAGCACCCAUCUCAGUUUAAGACCAGACUCCGAUGACGUGCUGCGUGACAUGUUGUCCGUUAGCUGUUUGAUGUCAAGCUACCUGCUAUGUGGUUCUGGGUCAGAUUUAAAUAAUGUUCUGCUCAGCUCGGUUGACUAUUUAUAAAGGGUUAAUAAUGUAAAUAAAGCGUUUAGGACACAUUCGAUGUGUUUCCAGCUUGUUUAUGGCAUAGUUCAGCUAAAACAUGUUAGAUCUGUGUGGCUAGCUGACACAGUGGCUCUAGCUAGAGUGCUAUCAGAUGAAUUCACGUUGACGGGAGUGAGUCAGCUGUGAAUGUUUGCUUGAAUCUGUAUAUGAACGUAGAACACCAGUAGUUUGUGCAAAGAUUACAUUUAUAUUGAUGCCGUGAAACAGCCAAGGAAACCGUGUAAGCAAUGUCCGUGGUCCGCUAACCCGAGCACACAGACAGCCAGUGACUGUUAACCGGCAGCAGCGUUGCAUUUUAGUGUGCAGUGCUUAACUGGAGACCCAGACCUAACUAGAUCCCGCUGGUUAGCUGGAAAAGGUGACAGCCACAUUGAACGUUUUCCUAGCCUUCCUCGCCAACAACACUGGCUCUCAGGGAGGAGAAAAGGACUUCAAAUGAAGAACAUGAGGAAAGUAAUCAGUGUAUAAACAGUUUUGAAGACAAAGGUGUAAUUACAGACUGUACAGCAUAUCCUAAACAUUAAGUUUCUAGAUUCUGUCUUCACUGGAUCUUUUGAAGAUAUGUAACAUGGUUGCAGUUCUUGAUGUUAUUACCAAUUUGGAGAAAUACCCUAUCACCAAAGAAGCUCUUGAGGAAACCCGCUUGGGAAAGCUGAUUAAUGAUGUGCGAAAAAAAACAAAGGAUGAAGACCUUGCCAAACGUGCUAAGAAACUCCUGAGAAACUGGCAGAAGCUUAUUGAGCCUGGGCAAAGUGACACUCCAGCGAGAGGAGUGCCAAAUGUUCCAGGCUCUGCCAAUGGAGGUGCUCACCCCUGCCGGAUAGACACGCCUCCAGCAGUCCCCCCACCAAGCAAGAUUGCUCCAGAGCUUAAAACCAGAAAUGACAUCCACAACACUUACUCCCCAAAGGCAGAGAAAUCUAGCAGUCGAAAACGGCGGGGCGAUCAAAGGGAUAGCCCGCAUCUGCCAGCCAAAAUUUCAAAAACGUCCCUUUUUGAGCAAAUGUAUUCUUCCCCACCAUCAAAUGGAAUUAGGGGGAGCCCUGAGCAUCUCGUGGAAAAAGAUGAUGCACCAUCUGACAGGAUUCGCACAGAGCACCUUGAGAACGACAGGCAAAACAAAAUUCCUGUCAAUGCUGUGAAGCCUCACCCAAGCUCUCCCGGGCUUACCAAACUACCUAGCACUUCCUCCUUACUCAAAACGUCAGUGUUACAGCAGCAUGCGAGAAUGGAUGGUGGGCAGCAUCAACCUAAAAGUCCACGGAACUCCUCGAGUCCACGCAGUUUAACACAUGAGACAGUUGCCAAGAAGUCUUCAACACAUGGACCGAAAGGGAAUCUGUCGAGCCCAUCUCUGAAUUCUGCCCAAGUGCCCUCUCCUUUGCCUACAUUGCAGCCUUUAAACUCCCCGGCCCAAGUGUGUAUUGGUGAUGGUCCGUCAUCUGUUGCUGUGGAAGGCUCAAUGCACUUGCACAGAUCCACAGAAAGAGUCCCCCAACCCACACACAGCACCACAACACUGGAGCCACUAUCUAGUUCCCCGCUCAUCUCCCACCAAGCCAAACAUGGCUUAGAGGGCACAGAGACCAAGGGUGAGCGAGAUGGAGCAACAUCCAACUCGGAGGGCAAAAAGAGGAAGAAGUAUAGGCCCAGAGACUACAAGGUAAAUGUUCUGGGGCAGUCCUUAGAAGACAGAACAAAGCCUGUCCGAUUAAAAGAACGUAGAUUGACGUUUGACCCAGUGACAGGACAGAUUAAGCCCCUCACACCAAAAGAAUCUCACCACGAGGAAGAAUGCCAAGGAAUGCAGAUUUCAGAGCCCCCAAGGACUGAGAUGCCCCAACAGAAAACACCCACAUCAGUCCCCAACCCCUUUCAACAGACGAACUGGAAAGAGCUGUCCAGAAAUGAAAUUGUUCAAUCUUACCUUAAUCUUCAGAGCAAUGUUCUCACAUCCUCUGGAGCACAGACCCAUGGGGCACACUUUUUCAUGAGUGAAUAUUUAAAACGAGAGGAACAUGAUGUUAAAGAAUCCAGAAAAACACACGUUUUAGCACCUAGCAGCUCUGAUGCUGAACUACCCGGGGUGACUCGGGAGGUAACCAAUGAGGACCUACUCAGAAUACACAAGGAACACUGGCCAGGGGUGAGUGGUUGCUAUGAUACCAAGGGAAACUGGUUUGAUUGGACAGAGUGCAUAUCGUUGGAUCCUCAUGGUGAUGAGAGCAAAUUGAACAUCCUGCCAUAUGUUUGCCUAGACUGAGAGAACCAGCGUUAUGCUUACUUGAGUUGGAAAAGUUUUCAAUGUACCCACUGUGAGUUUAGGGAGAUUUAACUGUUAGUUUCUCUCCUUGUCACUCUGUACAAGGUUCAUCUUACAGGUGUAAUGAAUGAACGGGUGUUGUUCCAAGUUUUCUGUGAGAAGGAACCGAUAAGAUGUCCUGUUUGUAAUGUGCUGCUACCAACAAGAAUUUGCAAACAAGGGUUGUAUAUAAUGGCUCGCAGGGAUUUAACUGGGCCAGUUAUUGCACAAUGUGUGAUUAGGAGGUUCAGAGCAAGCAUUGAGCAGUACAGAUAUGUUUGAAAGCAAGUUGAAAACAUUUGUUUGGCAGUUACAAAAAAAGCUUUAUGUGACAGAAUAAAUUAUAAAAAAAAAAAAAUUGUAUCAUGUAUGCAUCUAUUUAUUUGACCCUCUUUUUCCUUCAUUUUUCCUAGCAGAAGUUUAUCCACUAAAAUGUGCAAAUAUCUUUUGAGGCUUUUCUGUUGGCAUCACAUAUUUCCCCCCAUUUGUGAUGUACAUGAGACAUAUAUAAAUACAAUUUUCCCACAGCACUUACAUGCGUGUGCUAAUUGCAUUAGAUAUCAACAUUCCAUACUGUACCAAACAUAAUUUCUUGCUUAAAUUUUGUUUCUCAAUUUAUCUAAAAUAUGUGAUAUUCAUGAGAAAAAAAAUCCAUCUAUUUUUAGAUGUGUUAAAUAAAACAAUAUUUUAAACAAAUCUGUUUACCUAGAUAAUUGUAAACGGGGGAAAAAAAUGGGUUAAAUGUCAAAAAGGAAAAAAGGCUAUUCAUGUUUGCAAAUAUUUGAAUUCAGAGAAUAGCCACAGAGGGUGCUAUUUUUCAUCAUACUGUGAGGACAGGAAAGCAGGAAAAUGUUAAUAUGCUGGAAAUAUACUUGUUACCAUUCCUUCAGAUAUUGUUUGCCUUACUGAAAUAAAUUAAACAAUGACUUUGUUAUUUGAAGAGCCUUAGUAAAUUUAUGGCAUUUAGACUUUUGUUUAGGUGGUACAGAAACACCUUAUUUCGUCUGCCGUUUGGUCCUUUUUUUUUUCCUUCAAAUGGACGCAUUGUGCUAGAAAUGUGUCAAUAAAUUUGCGCAUUAUCCUGCUCGUCUGUACAUAGUUCUUGAAAUUCAUGUAAAACUUAGUCUUAUGUUUUGUGUGAAUGUAAUUAAUUUGAGGAAAAGAAGCAUUUUGAAUGAAAUACUCAAUCGAUUGCAUUGCUGUUCAUGGACAUUCAUAGACCUAGAUUUUUAGAUUGUGGUCAUAUUCAUUCAGCAAUUUCAGUUUAACCGGUUAUUGAUUGUUUUUUUUUUUUUUUCAAAUAUUUUAUUAUUUGCCAUUGUUUUGAAGACAAAUGUCUUGUGAAGGGGUGAAACCAAUUUGCUGUCGACUUGCAAACACUGUGCUCUGCUACCUUCGUCCUACCAAUGUGCCUUUGAUGUAAAAUGUUUGGAAAGGCUUUCGCUAGCUUCACUUGGUUUAAAAAGUAUGGAAUAUGUUUUUUUUUAAACCAUGUCAGAUAUUCCAGGGAUAUGCAUCAUUUCUGAAGCAAAGGCCAUCUAUGAGCUCAACACUAUGAGGGCCAUCUAUGAGCUCACACUGCAAAUAUAAUUUGCAAUUUAAAACUAGGAGACUACUUUUGAUCAUUUUUGAUCAGUAUAUUUGUUCAGUGUUUAACAUUC